UAUACAUCCCAGGCGAUAGCGAUAUUUCCGACAACACUUUAAGGCAGCGCCGCGUAGCUCCGAACAAACAAUCCUGCGGAAUAAACAAAGUAAGAGUAAACAAAUAUGAAACGUCCCGGAAAUGUAAUAACAGCGACUUUGACAACAUUAACACUUCUACUUUGCCUGUGUUCAGUCAGAGGGAACUACUGCGAGGUGAAUGUUUGCAUCAAUGGAGGAACGUGCGUGACAGGGAUAGGAGAGGAUCCAUUCAUCUGCAUCUGUGUGGACGGCUUCGGUGGAGACACCUGCAACCUGACAGAGAUAGGACCCUGCAGUCCUAACCCCUGUAAGAACGAUGGAUCGUGCAAGCUAAUCACUCAAACCAGACGAGGAGACGUUUUUAACGAGUACAUCUGCAAGUGCCAGCCCGGCUUCGAGGGAGCGCACUGCCAGAUCAAUGUGAAUGACUGUGCCAGCCAGCCCUGUAAGAAUGAAGGGAAAUGUCGAGAUCUCGAUGGAGACUACACCUGCCGGUGCCCCUCACCGUAUGUUGGAAAGCAGUGCCAGCUACGUUGUAUUUCCCUGCUGGGGAUGGAGGGAGGAGCAAUCGUGGAGUCCCAGCUUUCAGCUUCCUCUGUGCACUACGGCGUUCUGGGUCUUCAGCGCUGGGGCCCGGAGUUGGCUCGACUCAAUAAUCAAGGCAUCGUCAACGCCUGGACGUCAGCCGCCCAUGACAGGAACCCCUGGAUCGAGAUUAAUAUGCAGAAGAAGAUGCGUCUGACGGGCAUCAUCACUCAAGGUGCCAGUCGCAUGGGCACGUCUGAGUACAUCAAGGCCUUCAAGGUGGCGAGCAGCUUAGAUGGAAACAGUUAUACCACUCACAGAGUGGACGGCCAACGGAGGGACAAGGUUUUCAUGGGCAACACAGAUAACGACAGCACAAAGACCAACCUCUUUGACCCUCCUGUCGUGGCCCAGUACGUCCGCAUCAUCCCCGUGGUUUGCCGCAGGGCCUGCACACUACGCAUGGAGCUGGUGGGCUGCGAACUCAAUGUUUAUUCAAACACGGCAGGUUGCUCAGAGCCUCUGGGAAUGAAGUCUCGCCUCGUCUCAGACGGGCAGCUUUCAGCCUCCAGCUCUUUCCGCACGUGGGGCAUUGAUACCUUCACGUGGCAUCCUCAGUUUGCCCGACUGGACAAGCAGGGAAAGACAAACGCCUGGUCUCCUGCCCACAACAACCGCUCGGAGUGGAUGCAGGUCGAUCUAGAGAAGACAAAGCUUCUCACAGGCAUCAUCACUCAGGGGGCCAAGGACUUUGGGGUGGUGCAGUUUCUGUCACUGUUUAAAGUGGCUUACAGUAACGAUGGAGAGUCAUGGAGUAUGGUGAAGGAGGAGAACACCGGCUAUGAAAAGCUUUUCCAAGGCAACACUGACAACAACACCCACAAGAAGAAUCUAUUCGAGCCUCCGUUCUAUGCCCGAUACGUCCGCGUUGUCCCCUGGGAGUGGCACGAGCGCAUCACUCUACGCAUGGAGCUGCUGGGCUGCGAUGAUUAGAAACUCUUCAGUCACUCCUCUGACGGUGCUGCGUCCUCAUCCGGUCGCUCCAUCUCCACAGCGGAGGAACGGGUCUCGAACAGAAUCCUCUGUUCUGGACUCCCAAGUGUCGUCUGCUGGGACUGUAACACUUGUAGCACUUUCUGACUAGUGACCUUUUUAUGUUUAUGUUAAUAACAUUGUUUGACAUUGCUCACAGAGAAUCUUCUAUGAAGUAUCAAUGAAUUGAAUAGCUUUGGAUAAAACUAAAUUUGCUCAUAGUCCAUAUUAUUUGUGCUCCUUCUAAGAAUUCAAAUUGAUAUUAGCUUGUCGUUAGUCUAUAGACGUGAAAAUAGUUCUUUUCACCUCUUCCAUUUGUACUCCGAGCUAAAUUGCCACUUUUAAACUUGUUUUCUAUCCUUCCUUUGCAGUCCCACACCAUUUAACAACCCUACCUUUAUGUUUUAACAGUCUGGAGAGGACAGAUAAGGAACAUCCUCACCAACAAACUCACCGGAUCUCACUUUGCCCAACUGUUGUAACUUGAGCACAAGCUAUAAUGAAGGAGGGCCUGUGCAAUAGAGAGUAUAUUUAGGCAUUUCCAACUAUCCUGGAAGAGACUGGAGAAGAGAAUUAAAACUUUUAAAUAUUGAACUUCAGGACACUGAUCCGUCAAUCAUGUGAUGUCUGUUUUUUACACAUUUUAGCAGGUUUUUUCCCUCAUCAUUCUUACAAAUAAUUUCAUUGUAAUUUAAUCAUUUUUACAACAAAUGUGAAAUAUGUGUAGAAAAUAAACAUUGUUUUACAUUU